GCUCCCAUCACCCGGAGGCACCGGGGGGCCGGCCCAGGCUCCGCGGCGGGUCUGCCCCGGGCACCUUCGCAGCCAGCUCGGCUCCCGCUGACUCAGAGGGAAGCCUGGGAGCCGAGGGGCGGGGCCUGGGCAGCCUUCGCCUGCCUUUCCUGUGUGUCUAGAAAUAGGGUGGGGGCCGAGCAACGGAAAGUUACUCGCGGCGGGCGGCGCGGAGGCGCGGCGGAGUCGGGGCGCGGGCGGCGGGGGCCCCGGCGGGCGGGGCGCGGAGUCACCUGCCCUCGGCUCACUUCCUGGCCACGCCCCAGGUGAGCGGCCCCGCGGCGGGACGGCCCGGCUCCUGGCUCGGGGCUGCGAGGGGAGCAUGGAAGUUUCGCGGCCGUGAAGGCAGGUUGGGCCCCCCGUGCCGAGGAGCGGGGCUUCCCCGGGCUUCCCGCGGGCCCGAGCCCCCCCCCCCCCCCCCCCCCCCCGCCGGCUCCCGGGACGUGAACGUGGAUGAAUGAAACCGGGCGCUAGGAACUGCCCCGCGCCCCCGCCGCCGCCGCCGCCCCCGCCCGCGCGAAGCUGGGGCUCUCCGGAGGAGCCGGCCCCGAGUCCUCAGCCAUGCAGAAGAAGGAGAUCGAGUGUCUGAGCCCCGAGGCUCAGAAGCUGGCUGAAGCCCGACUUGCAGCCAAGAGGGCGGCCCGAGCCGAGGCUCGAGAGAUCCGCAUGAAGGAGCUGGAGAGGCAGCAGAAAGAGAUCUAUCAGGUUCAAAAGAAAUAUUAUGGGCUGGAUACAAAAUGGGGUGACAUCGAGCAAUGGAUGGAAGAGAGCGAGCGAUACUCUCAUAGAUUCCGAAGAAAUCCAUCGGCUUCUGAUGAAGAUGAACGCAUGUCAGUGGGUAGUCGCGGAAGCCUGAGGUCCCAGGCAGAGCUGGACUAUGCCGGUGCCUACCCUGUGCAGAUGAACGGUCACGAUGGCGACUUAUAUGGAUCCUCGUCCCUGAGUAGAAAACCUAGCAGGAGUUCCAGAUCCAGCAAGGAAAGCAAACUGCCCAGCAGAUUGUCAUCCAGGGAGGAGAAGUUGGGCUCCUACUAUUCUGACCUCGGGCUUUCCUGCAACAGCCUUCCCUCUAGACCCCCAUCGGCCUCCCAAAAUGGAGCUCGGUCUUUCUUUCUUUACAGCAACGUGAAAGCUGCCUGGCGUUUUGGGGCGUCCCUGUAUGAUGAGAGCAUAUACAGUGGGAGCCGACGAUUUAGUGCCUCCACUUCACAUCCUCCUUCCGAGUACAGCGGCUACCGGGGCUCCGGAUCGCGGGCGUCCUCCAGGGCCAGCUCAGCGCGUGCAAGUCCAGUGGUUGAAGAGAGGCCAGAAAAGGACUUUGCUGAGAAGGGCUCUCGUAACAUGCCCAGCCUAUCAGCGGCCACGCUGGCUUCCCUGGGUGGGACCUCCUCUCGGAGGGGCAGCGGGGACACCUCCAUCUCCGUGGACACCGAGGCCUCCAUGAGGGAAAUCAAGGAAAUCAAUGAGUUAAAGGACCAGAUUCAGGACGUAGAAGGCAAAUACAUGCAGGGCCUGAAAGAGAUGAAGGACUCCCUGGCUGAGGUCGAGGAGAAAUACAAGAAGGCCAUGGUUUCGAAUGCCCAACUAGACAAUGAGAAGAUGAACUUCAUGUACCAGGUUGACACCCUAAAGGAUGCCUUGUUAGAACUGGAAGAACAACUGGCUGAAUCUCGAAGGCAGUAUGAAGAAAAAAACAAAGAGUUCGAAAGGCAGAAGCACGCUCACAGCGUGCUGCAAUUCCAGUUUGCUGAAGCAAAAGAGGCCUUAAAACAAAGAGAAGAGAUGCUGGCGGAAAUCCGACAACUGCAGCAGAAACAGGAGAGUUAUAUCAGGGAGGUUUCUGAUCUUCAGGAAACAAUAGAAUGGAAAGACAAAAAGAUAGGGGCGUUAGAGAGGCAAAAAGAGUACUUUGAUUCCAUCCGGAGUGAGCGAGAUGACCUUCGGGCCGAAGCGAUCCUGCUGAAGGAGGAACUGAAGAAACAUGGAAUCAUCCUGAAUUCCGAAAUCACCACCAAUGGAGAACCUCUAGAUCAUCUAAGUCACGUGAGCCACCUGGGAUCUCCCAAGGUGCCACAAGAAGAAAUAAAUGCCCUGAAGUCAUCCAGCGAUGGGACCCUUGGAAGAGCCAGUGCAGUGGAGGUGGCGAGUGAGAAUGUGGCCCAAGUGGGGGAAAGCGCGGUCUUGCAGAGUCCUGAGUGUGAGCAGCCCCAGGCGGAUUCUGCCGAGGCAGGUGUGGACACAAAGGCCUCCUCUCCUGAUGGGAAUGCAGAGGCAGAAAACCCCCCACAAGACCGGGCCGUGAUGCCAGAGAUAUUAGCCAAGGAUCCAGCCCAUGUGCUAGAGACUCGUUCUGUCCCUGGCAGUACCAACGCGCAGGCUGAACCCAGUGAGGAUGGAAGUGGACUGGGUGCUAGUGUAGAGUCCAGUCUCCCUGAGGAUUUAAAGAGUAAUAAUGUGGAUCAGAAUCAGGAAAUAGCAGGGAGCCCUCACUUUCCAGGGGAUGGGAUUAGCCAGGCCCUAGAUGCUCAAAAUGAAGAGAAAGACUUAGUAGAAAAGCAGGGAGAGGGUCAGCCAGAGGAAGAGGACGGCAUGGAAUUAGCUCAGGGGACCCCAGAUGCUGAAAGGAUAGACACGGUGCCCGAGGAAUUCAGCAAAAGCCAUUCAGAAAGCCUGCCUGAAGGAACGGAAGCCAAAGACGGGACGCAGGUAGAGCCAAAAGCAGACAGCAACAGGGCCCAAGAGGGAGUAGUUAGUGGGGAGGAAAAAGGUACAAAUCUCACAAAAGCAGAACACAAUAAGGAGGAGGAAAAUGAGUUCACAAAGGAGGAAGUGAUCCAGACAGUCCCGUCUUCUCCAAAACCCAAGAGCAGUCAGCCGGAAAAAAUGGACUCGAAGGUCACAGCUGGAGAAAAUGGAUGCUCAGGCCAGAAUGUGCCCUCAGGAGAAAGAGACGGCCAGAAGGGGGAGAUUUGUGAUUCCUCGGCCAAAAAGUCCAAGAACAAGAAGAAGAAAAACAAGAAGAAGAAAGCCCCCCCUGUGGACUCUCCUGAAGACGUUAAGAAAGAACUGGUCUUGCAAAACACUGAGGAAGAGGAAGAGGAGGAAGUGAAGUUGGAGGCCAAGAGUCCAGCCCUUGGCGAAGGGGAUCAAGGGGAGAAGCCGGAAACCAGGACGGAUCUUGACGAAUAUGUGGAUUGUCCCGAGGAACCCAAAGCUGACUCGGAUGACAAACCAAACCAGGAAGGAGAUAAAGCAAAGAAACCCAAUGAAGGCGAAGGUGAAGAGCUUGACGGUGAUACCACCCAUCCACCAGGAACCGGUGGCGAGGGAGAGGUCGGUCUCUCAGAGCCGGCCGAAGCUGGAAGCACCGAAGAUUCUGCCCCAACUGAUAGUCCUGCCGGGAGAGCAACAGAGGAGAAUAAAGGAGCAGGCGGCAGUGGGCCCGAAGACCAAGACGCGCCAUUGUCCCCUCGUGAGGGGUCUCCCACCGAGACCGUGGAGGAAAACAACCAGUCAGAGGAGCAGCCAGAGACAGCCGAGGAAGCGUUAGAAAGCAAUAGUCUAGACGGCGAUGAUCCCGAAGACCCCGUGGGCAGCCAUGCAGAGAGCAAAGAGGAUGCUCAGGGCAGGAGCAGUAAGGGGAGAGAUAAAAACAAAGAGGAGUGCACCAUGUCGUGAGUGGAGGCAGGCGGCUCCCAGCCGCUGGUGGGGGUGGGGGGACAGCUGGAAGGAAGAAAUGCACUUUGCAGAAUAUCGUAUCCCAUAUUGUAGGAAAAAUAGGGGUUUCUCUCCUGGUGACAGCCCUAGCCUCUGGGCUGGGCUCUGUGGCAAUCAGUGACCCUAGAUCAGUUAUUGAAUCUCAGCUCCAGGCAAUCCAAGUGUUUGUCCCUUAUAAGGGGAUGUGGCUAUGUUAUGGCGAGCUCAGGAUGAUCAGAGAACCAAGUAACUCUCAUCAACAGUCCUUGCUUUAGUUUCUGGUUCCAAGUCAAGGCGGCCUCAAUUCCUGCUCUAAGCCCGUGUAGACACAUGUCGGCACAUGACGCCAUUUUAUUGUAAAGACCAAACAGCCUUCUACCUGUAUGGGAUUGAUUCCCACUUGGGUUUGUCUCUGAUGGCCGUGCCUUCUAGUUAUCCCCAAUAUAUUUAUUUCAAUGGGCACGUUGUGACAGGUUGCAUGGAUGAUUUCCAGGCAAUAACGAGCUGCCAAAUGAUCUUUAGGUCACUGAGUGAUAAAGUUUGUGCCUUAUGGAAAUGAGAGUUCAUUUAGACAAUGAAGCUCAUCGCUUUCAAGACCUAGGGAAGGCUUGAGGUCAGAUGAUACUCGGUCUUGGUGAUCUAGGCAAGAUCUCUUACUCUAGAUCAAGUCUUGGGGACCAUAUUACCAAUCAUUCCUUGAUACGUAGAUUUUUUUGUUUGUUUGCUGGGGAAAUUAUUUUAUUUUAUGUGCACAUUACCCAUCUUAUAUCUUUUAUAUACAAUGCUACCAAGAAAAAUGGUUUUUUUUUUCUCUAAAAAUAGCUAUUUGUUUAAAUUAGCCUAGUAUUUUUCAUUUCUAUCAAGAGCACACUUUUGAAAUGAUGGCUUCCCUUGAAAAUACCCUUUAUUUAUCCUCUUGGCUAAUCCUUCUUAAGUGUCUAACCUUCAUUAACAAAUACUAUAUCAAAAGUUAGAACCAUCCCUGUGCAGAUUCCUAACUCCUAAUGAGCAAGAACAGUUGCAGACAGUUGAAUGCUUUUUGACUGUCCCCUGCACUAUCGAUCCAGUUUUGCUGGUACGUCCUGAAACUGGCCUGCGCGCAGGCCCCUGUGUGUUUGCUGCAUAAUGAAGUGUUCCUUUUAAAUGUUUUUAAAUAUUAAAAUCAAAGUGUACGCGCACGAAUGUCAUUGCCAUUCAGGUGGACAUGUUAUGUGGUUUUUCUAGCUGUUACAAAAUCAUUGAAUACAACCAGACCAAAGUUUUAUGAACAUUUGAGGUGUAUAUGAUAAAUGUUGUAUAUAAUUGAAAUAAAGGCAUUUUAUAAUUUUAAAAAGCUGUGAUGCACAAUUUUUGCAACAUGUAUAAUCCUCCUAGGACUAAUACUGGCUCCCCUGCUUUGGCUGUCGCCUCCCACAUUCACCUUGUCUUUAUUAAAAACGGACGCAUUUGGAAGCCAA